UAAAUAUAUUGAUAUAAGAAUAUAAGAUGUAUGAGAGGUUAUUUUACUAUAAAAAAAAUGUAAUGUAAGUGUACGUAGAGACAAUGGGAAAAAUUGAUGAAUGCUAAAGAGUAUGUAAUUGCCCAAUGGGUGGGUUCAUUUCUACAAAAAUGCACAAAGACACCUCAAAUAAGAGACCCUUUAAUUAAAUAAUAGGUCUCUUUGUUUCAAGAGACUCAACGUUACAAAUAAUAGGUUCUUUAAAUUUAAAAGAGACCUUCCCUUAGAGAUAACAGAAAAAUAAUAAAAUAAAAAAGAAAUAUUUUCAUAUAAGAAAGUGUUGCACUUCAAAUUUAUUUAUUUUUAAAAAGUGAUUCACUUAUUAAGAUACAAAUGGAGUUACAAAACAUUACAAAUUUUAGAUUAAAAUAAUGUAGAUCGGAAAGAUUCUUUACUACCAAACACAUUUAAAAUAACAUAUUGGUGUAUGUCUAUCAAUCAUCAAUUGUACUACCGUCAAAAAAAAAAAAAAACAAUCAUCAAUUGUACUACCCAGUACCCACCCUGUCUAUUGACUUUCAUUUAGUGUCCCAUCUUAUCUAGCUGCCUCAAAACAUAUAUAUAACCCACCUCUACGUUUUCAAUUUUGUACACUCAAAACAAAAAGCAUUGCAUCAUAUAAUAAUUAACUAGUACAAUUGUAGUAGCACCAUCAAAAUGGCAAGAUUUCAUAAGCAUUUGAAUAUCACUUUAGGCAUUAUUUCCUGGUUCUUAUGCUUUGCUAUAUCUUUGAGUUCAGCUCUUCAAGUUGGUUUCUAUACUAAAUCUUGUCCUAAUGCUGAAAAUAUUGUUCGACAAGUAGUUCAGCAGCAAUACAAGGCUGAUCGAACAGUCCCUGCUGCCUUGUUACGUAUGCAUUUUCAUGAUUGUUUUGUUAGGGGUUGCGAUGCAUCAAUAUUAAUUGACUCAACAAGCGAUAACCAAGCAGAGAAAGAUGCAGGAGCAAAUGGAUCAGUUAGAGGGUAUGAACUUAUUGACAAAAUCAAGGCCGCUCUAGAACGAGCAUGUCCUCAAAAGGUUUCUUGUGCUGAUAUCAUCACACUUGCUACUCGAGAUGCAGUUUACAUAGCUGGAGGACCUAACUACAAUGUACCAACAGGUAGGCGUGACGGGCUCAUUUCAAGGGCUAGUGAAGUAAAUCUUCCUGGUCCAAGAUUCACCGUUUUGCAAGCCCAACAAUCAUUUAGUGCUCGCGGGCUAAGCCUUAAUGACAUGGUGGUUUUAUUGGGUGCUGGUCAUACCAUAGGAGUAGCCCAUUGCAAUUUCUUUAAGGAUAGGUUAUCCAACUUUCAAGGUACAGGUACACCUGAUCGUACCAUGGACAAGGCAUUGGUUAAAAAGUUUAGCGGGCUUUGUGGAUCUAAUCCAAACGUAAAUCCCAGUACUUUCCUUGAUCAAAACACAUCUUUUGUUUUUGAUAACGAGUACUACAACCAAAUUAGAAAAAAUCGAGGGAUAUUGCAAAUUGACCAAGAGCUAGCUCUCGACUCUUUAAGUGCUAAAUUGGUCUCAAACCUAGCCGCCAAUAACAAUAAUUUUAGACAAAGCUUUGUAAAAGCCAUUGUAAAAAUGGGAAACAUCCAACAAGGAAAUGCUGGCGAAAUUAGGGAAAAUUGUAGGAGAAUAAAUUAUUAAACAAAUGUAAGGUCAUCUUAAUAAAAACGUGAGAGGCCCAUCUUUAUUCACCACGCACCCUUAAAUGUACUGUGGUAAAUUCAUAUAAUUUGUUCCAAUUGAUGACUUGUGAUCAACUUAUUACUCUAUUUGUUUCCUUGAAACUGUCUCAAUUGAAAUAUUGUACUCGUAAGAUUUUUAAAAAAACCAAUAUAGUCUGAUAAAUAUUGUUUGAAUUCUCUUAAUGUAACUUUUAAAAAGAUCAGCGUUU